AAAUUUGCGUAAGUCAACUUUAUCUUUUCCACAAGCACAGUUACUUGUGUUAUUAGAAAGCAGUUUCUAUAUCUUAAAAAACUAAUUCCUUGUUUUGAGUCGCAUUCUCUCCUUCAAACAUUUCUCUGACUUUUUCUUUCAACCCUCCCAAUGGCUUCCCACACUGUUCACCUCUCUCUUUUCACUGUACUUCAUCACUCAGUUAUCUUCCUCCUACUCAUUCAGAUACCUCCAUGUUCGAGCUCCAACGAUUCUUACAGCAAUUGCGCGAACCCGAUAAACUGUGGAAAAAUAAGAAACAUGAGUUUUCCAUUCUGGGGAGGGAACCGCCCAAAAGAGUGUGGCCACCCUCUGAUGCAACUCAUCUGCAAAAACGACACCAGCUACAUAACCAUUAAGGAUGUCCAGUACCAGGUUUUGGAAGCAAACCCAGAUAGCCAUACUUUGAAAAUCACCAGACAAGAUUACUGGAUAGACUUAUGCCAACCAACACAUGUCAGCACCACCCUUGACUCUCAGCUCUACGUUUACGAGUCACUCUAUAAAAACCUUACCCUUUCAUAUGAUUGUGCUUUGUUUCCCACCUAUAUUCCUUGUAAUGGAGUUCUUGGGGGAACUUCUGUUUAUACUCAGUUUGGGUCACUUUCUCCCGAGUCUUGCAAAACAAGUGUGGUUGUUCCCGUUCCUCUAUCGUUCAUGGAGAUUAAUAGUUUCAUCCAAGUAUACCAUGCAAUCAAAGAAGGGUUUGUGGUGAGAUGGAUAAUAGGUGUUGAAGAAUGUGACAAGUGUGAAAAAUCAGGUGGAGUAUGCGGUUUUGACGGCUCUUCACACCAAACAUGUUACUGCAGAGAAGGAGCUUGUCCUAAUUUCUCACCAGAUACUCAAGCAUCUUCAGGAAAAGGAAAAGUAUCAUUGCGAAAAUGGAUCUUGAUUGUUGUAUCUACAACUGUUUCUAUGACAUUCAUCUUUUUGUGCUACUAUCUCAUAAAAAGAAAACCAAAAAAGAUCUUUUUGUGCUCCUAUCUGAUAAAGAGAAAAUCGAAAAAGAGCAUUAAGAGUCUUCUAAGAGAAAAUUUUGGUAAUGAAAGUGUUACUUUAGAGCCCCUACAAUUCAACUUGGCUACACUUAAGGCAGCAACCAACAACUUUUCAGAUGAGAAUAGGAUUGGCAAAGGAGGAUUUGGAGAAGUUUAUAAGGGAAUUCUUCUUGAUGGACAACACAUAGCAGUAAAAAGGCUCUCAAAAAAUUCCUCUCAAGGUGCAAAGGAGUUUAAAAACGAAGUUUCGGUGAUAGCUAAACUUCAACAUAGAAAUCUUGUGACAUUCGUUGGUUUUUGUCUCGAAGAGCAAAAUAAGAUUCUUAUAUAUGAAUAUGUACCGAACAAGAGUCUUGACUACUUUUUAUUUGAUUCUCGGCGAUCAAAAUUGUUAAGUUGGAUGGAACGAUAUGAUAUUAUUAGAGGGAUUGCUCGAGGAAUUUUUUAUUUACAUGAGCUUUCUCGACUCAAAGUUAUACAUCGCGAUCUCAAACCAAGUAAUGUUUUAUUAGAUGAAAAUAUGAUUCCAAAAAUUUCAGAUUUUGGGUUAGCUAGAAUUGUUGAAAUAAAUCAAGACCAAGUCGGUACUAAUAGAAUUGUUGGGACAUUUGGAUAUAUGCCUCCAGAAUAUGCAAUGCUUGGACAUUUUUCAGAAAAAUCAGAUGUUUUUAGUUUUGGAGUUAUGAUUUUAGAGAUUAUUACUGGAAAAAAGAAUUUGAGUUCUCACGAACCACAUCUUGUUGCUAAAGGCCUCUUAAGUUAUGUAUGGAGGCAAUGGAGAGAUCAAACAUGGUUAGACAUAUUAGAUCCUAAUAUUAAAGAAACUUAUUCAGAAAUUGAAGUUACUAAAUGUAUUCAAAUUGGUUUGUUAUGCGUUCAACAAAAUCCUGAAGUUAGACCUACAAUGACCGAUGUUCUAUCAUACCUUAGUAGUUAUUUCAAUGAAUUACCAAGUCCACAAGAACCGGCAUUUUUCUUGAAUGAAAGCACGAAUCCAACAAUAUUUGCUCGGGAAUCAAGUAUUAGUCAACCUAUCAACAACUCCAUUCCAUUCUCUAUAAAUAAGAUGUCUGUAAGUGAAUUUUUACCUCGACAGUAAUUUAUUUUUCUUUGGUAUUUUUGUUUAGUAAUUGAUUAUUGGUAUGCAAGUUUUUUCUAUUUUACUUUGGAGAAUAUUAAAAGAAAUAUUCUUCCACGA